AUGGCGAACAGGCGUACCAACAUGGCGACAUCUGCGGUGCAGCACACCGCGAAUCCUGUCGACGCGGCCGCACCUCUGCAUCUCGACCUCUCGCCCGAGCUCGAACAGGUUCUGCUCGCAGAAAGCCUCUUCCUGACCACCGAGGAAAUACUUGCCCUCUCAGGUCGCCUCAAUCUGAAUCCCUUGGGUCUCGUGCACUGGUUCUCCAUGCGCCGAGUGCGCAUAGGCCACGUCAUGGGCCCGAGCUACUGGAGGGACGAGUUCAAGCCGUACAUGCGCCUGAUCGCACGGCGGGCCUCGCACCAGGACAAGCUCAAGUCGCUCGUCGACACCAUCUUCUACACCAUGCACAAGUACAAGUGCCCGACCUGGGAGCAGGUCGUCGCGCUCGCGCAGCUCCUCGACUGCGGCCCGGAGGAGGUCGCGAAGCGGAUCUGCACGCUGCGCGUCGGCGACCCGGACCUGCGGCAGAUCUCCGCGGAGGAGUGGGACGAGCGGUGGGCGCCGCUUCCCGAGACGGGAAACGCUGGGGGGUUCGGUCUGUGGGGGACUUUCUGUCAGUGCCGGACCCCGCCGAGUGAGGAGGAUUAUCUGAAGAUUGCGAUCGCGCACGGGGUGUCGACGAUGCAUGUCAAGCGCAAGUUUGCGGUGUUUCGGUCCUACGCUGUUAGAAAGUAG